UGAAGGCCUUUACUUUAUCGAUGACAAAUGUCUGCCUGCCAAAAUGGUAUGUCAACAGUAAUAGUGAGUGCCCCUAUGGCACGCAUUUAGCAGGGGACGUAACGUUGCCGUACAACGCAGGUUUUCUGGAGGGUCUGUCGGUCAUGUUCGGUUUCGUGCCUUAUGCGGCUGGUAUCUUCUUUAUCCUUAUUACGAUUUGGCGCAGAGGUCUUCACGAGUACAGUAUCAUCAUAUUUGGCAUAAUUGUGGUAGCGAGCAACGAAUAUGGAUGGAAAAACAUUGCGGAUCAGGCCAGGCCGGUCGGGUCGUGUUGCACUUCGUGUGGUAUGCCAUCCUCCCAUGCUGUUAUAACAACAGCACUAUGGACGAUACUUGCACUCGAUUUCUCCUACAGGGUCAGCCAGACACCCCAAGGCUAUAGUGGUGGCCUCACCUCGUUUGUAGAUCGAUUCAGAGCCUUCCUGCAUGCUGGGCACCUACUGCCAACGGCCUCGGUCAUUUCUGAAGAUCACUUUGUUGCAGCAGCGGGGUUCUGGUCCCUGGCACUGCUUCCCGUACCGCUAUCUCGGAUAAUCCUCAAGGACCAUACGAGCCAGCAAGUCUUUGUGGCUGGCAUCAUUGGUGUAGUUGAGGGAAUAAUUUGGUUCCUGCUCACACUCUUAUUGCGUGUUAAGACGGAGAACUAUACGGGCCGACGGUGGCUGAGGGGCUGCUUUAUUCAUAACUGGCCAGCACCUCGGUGCUUCGUCCCCUUGAAAAAUAGUGACAUCACUGCUGAUGGAUCCGACGUGAGGCCACCAAGCACGGGCGUCCACACUCCUCGACAGCUGCAGCAGGCAGCACCUCCGGAUCCUGCGGGAGAUCCUGGAGUGGACCCAUCAAGUCCAGCAUCGAAAAUUCCAGGUUUAGUGUAGUGGACGUAUACGUUGUAUUUAUGACACUUUUAAAAGAUAUAUUGUAGAAGUUAAUACUACUCUUGAGCCUACCGCACUGCAGUUAUCUUCCCCUGCUAUAUGCCGCGACUGUGGUAGCUAAUCUGUAGCAGAUUUACUUGUGAUAUAAUCUGCAUAUUGAUUAUUAG